CAGGACAAAUUGAUGAUGACACAUCAUUUGCAAAACUUUCCCUGACCGAAUCGGACAGGGACGGGGGAAAAAAAAUGGCUGAAAGCCAGAAGAAGAGAAGUGGCUUGAAAAAGUUUUUGAAGCUCAAAGGGUUCGGGAGCCUGACUAGCAUUCCUCGCAGCUUCGGCUUCCGCAGAGUCUCCGUUGCCCCCAGACAUGCCGAGACCCACGGAGGAGGGGGGUCGCUCUCUUCUAAGGGCUUCCUGACCUUCAGCUUUGAGAUCACUCAAGACGACUUGGGCGCUGGGCCCAAAAGCCCGUCGCAUUAUGCCCGCUCCAGCCACAUGUUCACCCACAUGGGCACCAUGCCCAGAGGCAGCACAAGACAGAAGGUGGGGAGCCAUGGGGCAGAGAAGGCCUUGGAGACAACGUUGCAGAAGGCCCCAGAGCUUGGAGAUUUGGGGAGAGUUGAUGUUCCACAGACAGGUUCUCCAUCGUGUGGAGAAGGAAUGGAACCCAAUGAGAAAGAGAGGUCGUCUUCUCUACUCAACGUUGGUCCAAGCGGUUCCUCAGAAGUGAUGGUCCGGGCUGAGAAGCCCUCCCAAUGUUUCCUUGAACCUGGAGAGGUGUCCAGCCCAGGAACAAAGGAGAAACCAAAGCAGGUAGAACGGGAUUGUCUUCAAGGAACAGGUAGACCCUUUGAGAGGGCUCAGGAUGACCUAGAAGUCUUCCCCCUAAGUCCAUCUCACUAUGCCCAGUCUUGUGACGCCUACAGUCACCUGGGCACCAUGCCGAGAGCCCGUGCUGGGCAGUCCAAGAAGUCCACCAAAGAGAAGAAGCCGACAAUGACUCAACAAGACCUCAAGCAAGAUCUGCCCGCAGAAGCCACCCCGUCCCGUGAGGAAACUGCCAAGGAAGCUAGAGACCAAGAGACAACCUUAGAGGAGGACCUAGAACAAAGGCAACCUGACGGAUUAGGAUCGUCGAGCGAAUAUGUUAAGUUCUCCAAGGAGAAGUAUAUCCUCGACUCCUCGCCGGAGAAGCUUCACAAGGAGUUGGAAGAAGAGCUGAAGCUCAGCAGCUCCGACCUACGGAGUCACGCCUGGUAUCAUGGCCGCAUCCCCCGGGAGGUGUCGGAAAGCCUGGUGCAAAGGAACGGGGAUUUUUUGAUCCGCGACUCACUCACCAGCCUGGGCGAUUACGUGCUGACGUGCCGCUGGCGGAACGAACCCCUGCACUUCAAGAUCAACAAGGUGAUGGUGAAAUCCGGCGAAGGGCGCACUCACAUCCAGUACCUCUUUGAGCAGGAAAGUUUCGACAACAUCCCGGCCUUGGUGCGCUUCUACGUAGGGAACCGUAAGCCCAUCUCGGAACAGAGCAAUGCCAUCUUCUACUGCCCCAUCAACCGCACCUUCCCGCUGCGCUACCUGGAGGCCAGCUACGGACUCGCCAAUGGGAAGCACAGCAGCUCCCAUAGCCACUCGGGCCACAAAGGCGGCCACAUCAAAAGGAGGAGCAUCACCAUGACGGACGGGCUGACCGCCGACAAGAUCACAAGGAGCGACGGGUGUCCCACCAGUGUCUCCUUGCCGCAUCACCGAGACAUCAUUCGGAACUGCGCCGUCAGUGUGGAUCAAAUUCAAGACCUCCACUCCCCGAUGUCGCCCAUCACCGAGACCCCAGCCACUCCAGCUUAUAGCACUGUUACUCGUCUCAAACCGCAAGCGAGCAACAGUGCCGCCCCGUCGUCCCCGGUCAUCCGACGCUCUAGCGAGCCGCAGCUAUGCCAGGGGAAUGGCAGUAAGGGCGAGCUGUCGGACAGCCCCCACUCGACCCCUUCCCACGGAUGCUCCAGGGCUUCCCCUUCUCCAUCUGCCAGCAGUUACAGCGACCCGGAUUCAGGACAUUACUGCCAGCUUCAUCCGCCCUCUCCGGUCCAGUGGGAGAGGCCUACGCCCGACAACAAAGUAAUGCCAACCAAGAGCUACGUGGAGAGGCUAAAGGGAGACGAAUGCCAGCGAGGGUUUAUCCUGAACGGCUCGGAAGGAGAAGCAGGGUCCAGAAAGAGGCUGGAGCAGGACAUGAUGGGUUUUGUGAUCCCCGUGGUGGAAAGGACAUCCUCGUUCAACCCCGCCCUGUUCCACUCCUUGCUUAUUCCGGGGGAAAACAAGCCACUGGAAAUGAUGGUGCUGAAGAAGAUCAAGGAACUGCUCGCCGAAGGGGACGCGAGGACUCUCGCCAAGCAUAUCACCCACGUGGAUUGCCUGGUUGCUAGGAUACUGGGAGUUACCAAGGAGAUGCAGAGGCUCAUGGGAGUCAGCUCAGGGAUGGAGCUGCUCACCCUGCCCCACGGACAUCAACUUCGGCUGGAUUUGUUGGAAAGGUUCCACACCAUGACCAUCAUGAUCGCGGUGGAUAUUUUGGGGUGUACUGGCAGCAUGGAGGAGCGGGCCUCUCUUCUGCACAAGACCAUUCAGCUGGCGGCCGAGCUGAAGAGCACCAUGGGCAACAUGUACAGUUUUGCCGCUGUGAUGAAUGCGCUGGAAAUGACCCAGAUCUCCCGCCUGGAGCAAACCUGGAUGGUUUUACGCCAGCGUUACACGGAGGGUGCCAUUCUGUACGAGAAAAAGCUGAAGCCAUUUUUAAAGAGCCUGAACGAAGGAAAAGAAGGACCGCCCUUAUCUAACACCACCUUCCCACACAUUGUGCCUCUCAUUACUCUGUUGGAGAGAGACACGGCGCUGCCAGAUCAUCCUGAACCCUGGGAAAACCUGGACAAUAGUGUGGAGGUGGUCAUGGCCCAUCUGGAAGCAGCGCGCACGGUGGCUCACCACGGGGGACUGUACCACACCAACGCGGAGGUGAAGCUGCAAGGGUUCCAACCACAAGCGGAGCUUUUGGAAGUCUUUAGCACCGAAUUUCAGCUCCGGCUCUUAUGGGGGAGUCGGGGGGCCGAAAGCAGCCAGAGUGAGCGCUACGAGAAGUUUAACAAGGUCCUCACCGCCCUGUCCCACAAAUUGGAGCCAGCAGUGCGUUCGAGCGAGCUGUAGCUGGACAAUGACGGGGGGGGCAAGAUUGCAACCAAUGCGCCUGCAGCAGCUGAGGGCCCCCCACCCCAAAAGGGCCUUUCCAGCAUGAAAUACUGACAAUCACCGGAUUGACUUUGUUCCUGCAAAACUUGACAACAAACCGAGUUCCUCCAGAAGACACCAUGGCUGACAUUGCAAACCAGGGAAGACAAUGCACUGAUCAAGCAUGUUCAAUAUCAGCCAUGCAGAUUCGUAUUGAAGAUUUGCAGUGGGGUUCACGAAAGAGGCAAAACUUCUGAGUUAAAAUUCAGUAAAGAUUCAUAGCCAAAUUUCAUGCCCGGGGGUGGAGGUUGGUGCCUCACAGGUUUGAAACCAAAAGUGCAGGAAUCUUCUCCCCGGCUCCUCCCAUUACUUUGAGGUUCCCCUGUUCUCUUCUCCAUCACCAUGGAGUAGAGCAGUUUCCACCAGCUUUGGGGGUCCAGGGGGGGCUGAUCAGGGUUUGUUUAGUUCCCCAAAACCUCAGAAGGACCUGGGUGACAAGGCACACCCACAAACAGCAAAACAACUCCAAAAUUUAGCUUUUCUAUUUUCAUGGGCAUUUCUGAUCAUCGCUAACAUUCAUUCUACUCCCAACUUAAUCCAUCAACCACAAGCCGCCCAGCGAAGCCUCAUGACAAUAGAUAGUAAAUAAAUUUAAAAAUACAUUUUAAAAAAAUCAGGUAAAGUUAGGCCACUGCCAUCUUCCUUUCCAGAUACCCAACGCCUCCAAUUUCAGUCCUUUCAUUAAUGCCAAGUAACAUUCCUUUUUCUUUUCUUUUCUUUCUUUUUUGCUUACCCUUCAUUUUGAUGCAGGGAAUGAGGGUUGUUUUGUAAAUUUAAAAAAAUAAAUCCAUAUGGGGUGUAUAUGUACCUAUAAAUAUAUAUAUAUACAUAUGUAUUCAGAUCUCAUGUGUAAAUAAUUGACAUUGUUCUUUUGGGUCUUGUAAAUGAAUGUACAGAUACAAUGGAGUGUGUUUCCUCAAUUCUUGCAUACAAUAAACUUUUAUGCUUUUUU